UUCAAUCUUUCAGAAACAGGUACCGAACAGACGAGCAUCGUUAAGAUAUCUGAAUUCUUGAAAAAUCUGUUUCGAGUAUGAGGUCUGUUUUGGUACUAACGACGCUGAUAGUGACCAUCCUUGGGGGAUCACUUAAUGGAUGCGAUUCCAAGGUGGUGCAGUUCAUUUUCGGGGACUCUCUUUCGGACGUUGGCAACAACAACCGGCUGUCGAGAAGCCUUGCCAAGGCCAACUUGCCAUGGUACGGCAUCGAUUUCGGCAAUGGACUCCCUAAUGGGAGGUUCUGCAAUGGCCGCACCGUUGCAGAUAUUAUCGGCGAUGAAACGGGUCUUCCAAGGCCGCCUCCAUUUCUUGAUCCGUCUCUAACAGCGGACGUGAUUUUGGAAAAUGGAGUGAACUAUGCCUCAGGAGGUGGAGGGAUCUUGAAUGAAACAGGGACAUACUUUAUUCAAAGGUUUUGUCUGUACAAGCAAAUCGAGCUCUUCCAGGGAACACAGCAGCUGAUCAGGAAUAAGAUCGGCGUGAAUGCAGCUCAGAAGUUCUUCCAAGAAUCCCAGUAUGUUGUUGCCUUAGGAAGCAAUGACUUCAUCAACAAUUACCUGAUGCCAGUUUACAGCGAUUCGUGGAAAUACAACGACGAGGCUUUCGUCAAUUACAUGACUGAGACACUCCAGGCACAACUUGAGUUAUUGCACAGCUUAGGGGCAAGGCAGCUAAUGGUGUUUGGGUUGGGGCCAAUGGGUUGCAUUCCGCUCCAAAGGGUGUUAAGUUCAUCGGGGAACUGUCAAGAUAGGGCGAACAAAUUGGCGCUCAGCUUCAAUCGUGCCACGAGCCAGAUGCUGGAGAAAUUGUCAGGGAAACUCGUCGAUGCCAGCUAUAAAUUCGGCGAUGCUUAUGAUGUUGUCAACGAUGUUAUAAGCAACCCACAGAAAUAUGGAUUCAACAACUCGGACUCGCCUUGCUGUUCUUUCGGAAGUAUCAGGCCUGCCCUCACGUGUAUUCCUGCAUCAACAUUGUGUUCAGACAGGAGCAAGUAUGUGUUCUGGGACGAGUACCACCCAACUGAUUCCGCUAACCAAAUUAUCGCCAAAGAGCUUAUCAAAAAGUUUGGAUUUUCGCGUGUGAAUGGCAGCGAUGCUCCUUCCAGUGCACCAGCCAUUGCACCGACCUUUGCACCAGCCAUUGCACCAUCACCGCGAGGUUAAGUCUUUGUUGCAGUUGCAGAGAGGCCUCUACUUACACUUGUUCCAUUGUUCAGUAAAUGGAGAACUGCAUUUAGUAAUGUUCAGCAGUCGAGAUCAUGCUAAAUAACAGUACAUUUUUGGUACUAGUGUGCGUGUUUGUUUCAAAGUGUCUUUUCCCAACCUGUUAUAAAGGGCUUGCUGAUCACUGCCUUCUUCA